AUAGUUUUUUUAGAAAAUUAAUUAACAAAAAAAAAAAUUAAAUCAAAUUUAAACUUUUUUAUUAUAUUAAAUUCGUGGCUUUUUAAAAAGUGAAAAAAAAAAUAUUUAAAGUGGACAAUGAUGACCACAAAUGAUAUGUUAGUGGUAGGCUUAUAUCUGAUCGCUGGGAUGGUUAUAACUCUAGCAAAUUUGGCGGCUAUAUGGACGAUCUUGGGAAAUAAAAAGCUGAGAAAUACUACCAACUUCUUUAUAACAUCACUUUCCAUGUCUUACUUGUUAACGGGUGCCGCCAUGGUUCCGUUGUUUGUAAUUAUCACUUUUUUUGGUAACAAUUUCAAUAAAAAUACACGCUGCAAUUACUAUUUAGCCGUCACUUUUUUCAACAAUCUGACCGGAUAUUGUUGCGCAUAUUCCCAGUUAGGAAUAGCCAUAGAUCGAUUCAGAGCAAUAGUAACCCCGUUUAAGAAAAACUUUACCCACUAUCAAGCCCAAAUAUUCGUGGUACUAAUAUGGGCAUUAUCUACAGUGGCUGCCUUACCAACCUUGUUAAUACUGCUCGGCAGGAAAAGCGAGAGACAAAUGCUUAUAGAUUCAAAAUUAUAUUGUCAAUUUAUGAGGGUCGAACAUUUGCUCAUUAUAUCUCUUCAGAUAUCUAUAGGAUGUGGUUUCCCGGUUUUGGCUUGUUGCUUGCUCUACGGUAUCGUGAUAGCUCGUUUGUGGAGCCGUGGUAAGACUUCAGUGACAGGUGUUACAAAAAAGCCUUUGGUUUACGGCAAUCCUAGUAAAACACUCGAUUCGAAGACUUAUAACGGUACAGCAAAAUCAAGGAGUAUCGACGAUGCCAAAGUAUCUCUUGUAUUGAACAAUGGCGAGGAUUCGUCUGUGACGACUUACAAAUAUUAUGUUAAGGGGAAAAAAUUUAGCAUGGUAAGCUUUGCAGAGGAUACUAAGAAUCCUGCGAAAUCGACCGAUAAUGCCAAACCCCUUGUUAAAGGCGAUUUGAAUCAAAGUACCCGUCAUAAUCCGCUUUCUUCUACUUCUUUAAAAAGGAAUAAGAGAGCCAUCAAAAUGGUCGUCAUUAUUUUGAUAUUGUACACCAUAUGUAGCAUACCAUUUUAUAUUAUGACAAUAUUAGAAAUCGCCUUCAGGGAUAUGAAGAUAUCCUUCAUCUUCGAACACUUGCACAACAUUCUCAUAAUGACCGAUCAUUGGCUUCAUGUCGGGGUUUACUUGUACUUCAAUACGUCUUUCCGUCACGCUUUUAUAGCCACUUUUAUGACCCCGAUGUUUUCGUGUUGCUCAACGAUCUUCCCCAAAAUUUGCGCGUCACAUUUAACGAAAUGUUUUACGAAUGACGACGAAACAACCGAAGAAUUAAAACGGGAGAACACGAUAAUGUUUAAUUCAGUAUCGAAACCCUCGUUAAAACUGAACAAUGAUAAUAGUUUUCCUAAAUUAAAUGGCCAAUCAAAGACCAUAAAUCAAGCAAGUGAUACAACUCGAAGCUCCGAAAUCCUAGGGUCCCACGUGUCUAAUAAUAUUAAAAAUACUCUUAUUCCAGAUACUUUAUAUUUGACAUCUAAUAAUCUAACACUCAUAAAUUAUACAUUCUCGGAGAAUGUGUAAAACCGAUCAAUUUUUUGUAUCACUGUUAACAAUUUUAUUUUGAUAUCUCAGGAAUAAUGGCU